CUAAGCCUUCUAAAGCUUCCAUCAAAGACAAUUUUGACAGUGAACAAGAUUUUUAUAAAUUGAUGACUGUAGUGUUAGACAGUGAGGAAAACUCCAUUACUAAGCCUUCUAAAGCUUCCAUCAAAAACGAUAUUGACAGUGAACAAGAUUUAUAUAAAUUGACAAAUGUAAAUAUAGACAGUGAGGAAAAUUCCAUUACUAAGCGUUCUAAACCUUUCAUUACUAAAAUAGAAACUUUUAGAGAACUAGGUACGCAAAUACGUUUAGAUUAUGAGUGCUCAGAUUCGGAUGACUCUUUAAUAUCUGAUGAUGAAAGAGUACAUGUUAAAGAGAUAAUAUCAGAUACAAUGGUUAAUUUGGUUAAUAAAGAAUCAUCGAAGGAGAAGGGUAAUCGUAGAAAAAGAUUUUCUGACGAAAGUCAUAUAUUAGUAAUACCUGGAAAUCCCGAAAAGUAUAAAUGUAAUAUUUGUCAUAAAAUAUUUCUAAAUAAAAAAAACAAAAGUUAUCACGAUGCAUGUGUAACUGGAAUUAAGCCUUAUAAAUGUAAUAUUUGCGAUAGAACUUUCGUGAAACAUUCUCAUUUUGAAUAUCAUGAAAGAACUCACACUGGAUAUAAACCAUAUAAAUGUGAUAUAUGCGAUAAGGCAUUUCCACAACAAAACAAAUUGAAGAGACAUAUGAUAUCACAUACCGAUAAAAAACCAUUUGAAUGUCACAUUUGUGAGAAGAAGUAUCGUAAACAUCAAGAUUUGAAAAACCAUUUGAAAACUCAUACCGAUUCUGAUUUAUCUACUUGCACAGUUUGUAAUAAAACUUUCAAGUGUUCGGCAAGUUUGACACUUCAUAUGAAAACACAUUCGGAUAUACGACCAUAUCAGUGUGACCAAUGCAGUAAGAGUUUCAAAAUUAAUGGUUUACUGACACGUCACAAGAAAACUCAUCAGAAAGAUAAACCUUUCACUUGUGAUAAAUGCAAUAAAGUUUUCGUAACCAAGUUCGAAUUAAGACGUCAUAUUAUAACACAUACAGAGGACAGACCAUAUUCCUGCAAACAUUGUGGUACUGUCUUCAGGAGGAAAGAUAAUUUACGACGUCACUUAAGUCAUCAUCAUAUGGAAACUUCAACAAUUGUUAUGAAUAAAGUAUCAAAUGAAAGUAAUAAAAGUGAACUAAAAACAAAAAAUAAACUUGGCACAGAAAAAGAAGAAAACUUAGAACAUAAGAAAAAACGAAAAAAGAAACAAAAAUCAAUGACUAAUGUUAUACCAAAAUAUCCCGAUAAGGUUUCAAUUGGUGUUACUAAUUCUCGUGAACAAAUAAACUCUAGGUUAGAUCCGAUGGGUAAUAUCACACCAAUUAUAAGAACAACUAGCGAGCUAAGUAAUGCUGUACCUGUUAUCUAUGGUCCUACUAAAAAAUCCAAAGAUAAGACUGAAAAUAAGAAAACAUUUACAUAUACAGAACCAAUACCACUUGCUGAAGCUGUUGUUAUAAACAGAAGAAUCGAAGAGAAGUUAUAUCCUCAAAAUACGUCUCGUCAUGAUUAUUAUUUAAGUGAUUAUUUAGAUAUUCCUUACAUGCAACAUCACACCAUGGCAUCUACAUCGACGUAUGCUAAUCCUUGUAUGAGAAAUAAUAAUUCCAAUCUGAAUGAUCCAUCCUCUGAAUCAACAGUGACAAGUGAAGCUACCUUUACAUGCCAAACUGCAGAAUCAGGUGACAAUUUGGUUAAUACUGAAGAAAAGAAACAAGAACAAGCAAACUAUGUCAUCACUAUAAAAAAGACGCGUGAUAGAUCUUCUUAACUUUAAGCUUUUUUGACUAAAAACGUGAAUCUUUGUUCGACAGUUUCGAAAUGCCGUCAGUGACGGCCCCAACUGCAAAGUAUUAAUAUACUAAUAGUAUAUAUAACAAUAAAUUUGUAAGAAUUUUUAUCAA